AUGUUCAUGGAGGAGAGGAGUUGGAUUCUCUGGACUUUACCUGUGAAGCAGCAGCAGAGGAGAGUCCAGAUGAGGACGCAGAUCACAGUCAUGUUUCUGAUGAGGAGGAUUUCUGUGGCUUCUGUUGUGAUGAAGGACAGCUGUCAGUCAUCUAGUCUUCAACUCUCAGGACUAUAAAGUCUCCCAGAGCACUGGAGCAUACUGCUGCUCAUGCAAACUCACUCUCUAUGGAAAUACUCAGAUUAACUCCAACAGGGCCUUAGAUUAUAGAGAUGAUGAUGUUUAAUAAUGGAUCAAUAAAUUUAAUUCCUGAUUGAUCAAAAAGCGUCCAUGACUUGUUCAAUGACGGUUUAGGUUUGUUCUACUUUAUACAUCUAUUUGGAGAGAUUUCAUCAGUCUUCGCCCGAUGCUGAGGACAAUGACAAUGUAAACUAUUCAGUAAAUCAAUAAAGAUCUUCAAAAACUGGAUUAAUUCAAAUGUACAACGUUGAAUUCUCUGCUUUCAUUGGAGCUCAAAGGUCUUGCAGACAGACACACAUUUAGGUGACUUUGUUUGUGUCAGAGUCAGAGAGCCGUGUCUCUCUACAGUCAGAGGUUUUUGUACGGCCGCUUCAUCAGUUUGUAUCAUUGUGGUUGACUUUUGGUGGAGGAACCAGACUGGAUGUUGGAAGUAAGUCAAAUAUUCUUCCUUUUUUGGUUUCAGAGGCUUCCUAGCUUUGAAUUUAAAAUCUGUAGGACAAAAGUCCCAUUUUUUCUUUAUUUUAAACUCAUUUUUUUACCUUUAAGAAAAUAGAAAAAUGUCACUUUGGAUUUAAAAGAUCCUCAAGAAAAAGUAAUUUCAGAUUUUGAAGUCAGGCUUGUCUUUUACUACAAAUUUACUAUUUAAUCUUUUGACUUGAGCGAACAAAGUGACAUCCUGAGGGCUGGUAGGUUUAGUUCAGUCAGAGUCAGAGAGCCGUGUCUCUCUACAGUCAGAGGUUUUUGUACGGCCGCUUCAUUAGUUUGUAUCACUGUGGUUGACUUUUGGCGGAGGAACCAGACUGGAUGUUGGAAGUAAGUUUCUGUACAGUUUUUCAAUCUGAGUCUGAAGUUGUGUUUUUCAUGUUCAAUGCAGAUAAAUGUUGCUUGUUAGAUUAAACUGAAAGAAUGCUUUAAUUUCUCAUCAUUUACUAUGGAGGUGAGCCCAGGACAGCUUUACUGUUAGUUUUAGUUCAAGUUCAACAGGCUGAUGGUUGAAAGGCUCAUAUUAGGUAUUUGAAUAACUUUUAAAAAUGCAUUUGAAAUUUGCACCACAGUAAUAACUCUGAAGGUUUUUUUUGUGAAUCAAGAUUUUCAACAAUUUGUAAAACUGAUCAGUUUAAAAUGAAAAUAUUCUCUGAAGUUUUUUAGUGUUUGGUGUCUAUUUUGAUUUUGAAAACUUUUUCCUCCUUUUCUGUUGAUUCAAAUUGACAUGACCAACACAGAAAUGUAGUCGGUAAAUAUUUGGGAUCAUGUCUGUCAUUUUCAGUUGGGUUUGUCAGUAUCUGAGCUCCUUCUGUGUGAUGAGAGUCUCUGUGCUGAUGUGCAUGAGAGACUUCAUAAAGGGAAGUGAAACAAUGAGUGAGUGAGUGAGUGAGUGAGUGAGUGAGUGAGUGAGUGAGUGAGUGAGUGAGUGAGUGAGUGAGUGAGUGAGUGAGUGAGUGAGUGAGUGAGUGAGUGAGUGAGUGAGUGAGUGAGUGAGUGAGUGAGUGAGUGCUGGAGCAGAAAAACACAUCUGACACAAAGCCCAUGAAGAAGAAAAUCAACUUUCAACAUUAAAGCUGUCCCAGUGUCUGCUGUUUGAUUGACAGCUGUGUGCUCCCUGUCCUCUAAGCUGAUUGUUGUCUCCUAGGUGAUGCCCGUCCCACCCUGACGGUGCUGCCCCCCUCCAAAGAGGAGCUGCAGCAGGGGACGGCCACGCUCAUGUGCCUGGCCAACAAGGGCUUCCCCUCAGGCUGGAGUCUGGCCUGGAAGGUGGACAGCAGCAGCAGCAGCAGCUGGGAGGAGAGCAGGAGCCCUGCAGUGUUGGAGAAGGACGGUAAAUACACCUGGAGCAGCACCCUGAGGCUCCCUGCAGACCAGUGGGACAAGGUGGGCUCUGUGACCUGUGAGGCCACCCAGGGCUCCCAGACUCCGGUCUCACAGACCCUGAGGAAAGACCAGUGUCCCCAGCAGUGAUCUGAUUCCCUGGGACCCUGAUUCAGUUUUUCCUCUCGUCCUGCUCUCAGUCUAAACUCUCUGUCUCUGGUUCUGUCCUUCAGUCAUCAUGUUUCAGUGUUCCUGCUUCUGCUGAUGGAUUCAUUAUUUUAAAACAAUAAAGAUUUUCUUCUGUUUAUCAUAACGGUGGUCCGGCUUUUUGACUCAAGUUUGAAAUUCAUUCAUUUUUUAAGCAUUUUUAAAAAAGUUAGACUCGACUCAACAGAAAAUAAUGAGAGCUCUAUUUCUUGUUUAUGUCAGCAGAAUUAACAGCCUCAGUUUUCAUGACUGUCAGAAUAAAUCCAUGCUCAUUAAAUCACCUAUGUUGGUACAUUUCAUUUGGUAGCACUCACAUGUUACUGCCUUAAAUUUAGACUGUAAUACUUCAUCAUAAAUCAUGAGGUUUUUUCUAUUCUUAUGCUGAAAGGAUUUCAUCACUUUACCAAAACCUUUCCAGCAGAUACUUACAGGAACACACUGUUUACUGUCCUGUGCUUCAUUUAUCAAGAUUACAAACAUAAAGUCUAUUAUUAUCUACAUAUGGCUGGACUGAAAAACUGACUUUCUGCUUUAAUAAUUGACCUGAUUGCUAAUUAAUAUGAAAUUGACUGAUACUGGUGCCAGCAGUCAGUUAUAGAGAGUUGAUAGUGUCUGCAGAGAGUUGGUGGUAACUGUGCAGCAGUAUCUAUAAGAAAUAACUCACUUACAUUUUCCAGUGAUCAUGACAACAAUCGAACCUCUGGAUGAGCUCAAUGAUCUUCACAUUAAUUCUGUUAAUGUCACUUUGACUUUAUUAUGACUGUGAUAAUCAGAGGUUACAUCAGUCUGGAGCUGUCUGAGGUUCGACUCCUGCACAUACGAGCUGAGCCACAACUGAGUGUUUGAACUUGAAGGAGCUGAUCUUUCCAAGGCCUCACCAAAAACGAAACUGGAUAUAAAGUGUAAAAUAAUCCAGUCAUUGUUCCUCCUCAUUCAGCUCUUCAUCUGUAUCUGGACAGAAUGACCUUAGUCAGGAUGUGAGUGCCCAGUGCAGCUCUGUGCAGCAGAGAUACUGACGGCUAAUCUCCUUAAUCAGAUGCAAAACAAACUUUUGGAGCAUUUUGACUCUUGAAUAUCAUCAGUGAGAUGUCUUCAGGUAUUCAGACCUUCAGAUGAAGCAGAAAUAAGAGCAAUACUGGUUUAUGCACUUACUGACCAUUUUAGUGAAAUAAAUUAUGUUUUAAUAAAUACAGAAUAAAAAAAACAGUAUUAGAUAUUUUUAAUGUUGUUAAUAAAUUAAUGAUACUGAGUUUAAAAAUAAAAUUCUUGGCAUACUUAAAUGAAAACCAAAUUUAAAAUUAAAUGUGUCCUUUAUCAGCUAUUUGUAUCACAAUGUACUCUGUAUCACUAACCCUGAAAUUGGACCAGUAAUGCAAGCAAGAAUGAAGAUUGGAGAAAUGUGAGAUAAAGGAGAUCUACUAUAAGUAUAUCUGUUUAUUAAAUGUAGUGUUUCAGUGUCUCUGCUGAUGUUCAUUUAGAUCAGUUCCUCUUUAGCUGAGGAGGUUUUUGUACAACACUUUUUCACUGUGUGAACUCUCUAUGUUGAUCACUGAGCCAAUAAUAACUCUGACAGUAGUAAACUGCUGCAUCUUCAGUCUGGAAUCCACUGAUGGUCAGAGUGAAACUAGAUCCAGAUCCACUGCCUGAAAAACGACCUGGAAUCCCUGACAUCCUCUCAUUGGUGCGGCGAAUGAGCAGCUUCGGAGUUUCUCCAUCCUUCUGUUGGUACCAGGCUAAAUAGUAGCCAUCGCUGUGUCUGUAAAGAUCCUGACUGGUAGUACAGCUGAUUUGUGCGUUUCCUCCCAGAGCAGAGCUCACUGCUGCAGGCUGAGUCACUGUGACCUGAAUUUUGGACUCUGAGAGACAAACACAGAAAGCAGCGUCAUGUUUUUUGUGGGCUUCAUUUCAGACGCACGGAUGUUCAUGGAGGAGAGGAGUUGGAUUCUCUGGACUUUACCUGUGAAGCAGCAGCAGAGGAGAGUCCAGAUGAGGACGCAGAUCACAGUCAUGUUUCUGAUGAGGAGGAUUUCUGUGGCUUCUGUUGUGAUGAAGGACAGCUGUCAGUCAUCCAGUCUUCAACUCUCAGGACUAUAAAGUCUCUCAGAGCACUGGAGCAUGCUGCUGCUCAUGCAAACUCACUCUCUAUGGAAAUACCUAGAUUAACUCGGACAGGGCCUUAGAUUAUAGGGAUGAUGAUGAUCAAUAAUGGAUCAAUAAAUUUAAUUCCUGAUUGAUCAAAAAGCGUCCAUGACUUGUCUAAUGAUGGUUUAGGUUUGUUCUACUUUAUACAUCUAUUUAAAGAGAUUUCAUCAGUCUUCGCCCGAUGCUGAGGACAAUGACAAUGUAAACUAUUCAGUAAAUCAAUAAAGAUCUUCAAAAACUGGAUCAAUUCAAAUGUACAACGUUGAAUUCUCUGCUUUCAUUGGAGCUCAAAGGUCUUGCAGACAGACACACAUUUAGGUGACUUUGUUUGUGUCAGAGUCAGAGAGCCGUGUCUCUCUACAGUCAGAGGUUUUUGUACGGCCGCUUCAUCAGUUUGUAUCACUGUGGUACACGUUUGGUGGAGGAACCAGACUGGAUCUUGGAAGUAAGUCAAAUAUUCUUCCUUUUUUGGUUUCAGAGGCUUCCUAGCUUUGAAUUUAAAAUCUGUAGGACAAAAGUCCCAUUUUUUCUUUAUUUUAAACUCAUUUUUUUACCUUUAAGAAAAUAGAAAAAUGUCACUUUGGAUUUAAAAGAUCCUCAAGAAAAAGUAAUUUCAGAUUUUGAAGUCAGGCUUGUCUUUUACUACAAAUUUACUAUUUAAUCUUUUGACUUGAGCGAACAAAGUGACAUCCUGAGGGCUGGUAGGUUUAGUUCAGUCAGAGUCAGAGAGCCGUGUCUCUCUACAGUCAGAGGUUUUUGUACGGCCGCUUCAUUAGUUUGUAUCACUGUGGUUGACUUUUGGCGGAGGAACCAGACUGGAUGUUGGAAGUAAGUUUCUGUACAGUUUUUCAAUCUGAGUCUGAAGUUGUGUUUUUCAUGUUCAAUGCAGAUAAAUGUUGCUUGUUAGAUUAAACUGAAAGAAUGCUUUAAUUUCUCAUCAUUUACUAUGGAGGUGAGCCCAGGACAGCUUUACUGUUAGUUUUAGUUCAAGUUCAACAGGCUGAUGGUUGAAAGGCUCAUAUUAGGUAUUUGAAUAACUUUUAAGGGGUUUUAAGGUUUUUUUUGUGAAUCAAGAUUUUCAACAAUUUGUAAAACUGAUCAGUUAAAAAUGAAAAUAGUCUCUGAAGUUUUUUAGUGUUUGAUGUCUAUUUUGAUUUUGAAAACGUUUUCCUCCUUUUCUGUUGAUUCAAAUUGACAUGACCAACACAGAAAUGUAGUUGGUAAAUAUUUGGGAUCAUGUCUGUCAUUUUCAGUUGGGUUUGUCAGUAUCUGAGCUCCUUCUGUGUGAUUAGAGUCUCUGUGCUGAUGUGCAUGAGAGGCUUCAUAAAGGGAAGUGAAACAAUGAGUGAGUGAGUGAGUGAGUGAGUGAGUGAGUGAGUGAGUGAGUGAGUGAGUGAGUGAGUGAGUGAGUGAGUGAGUGAGUGAGUGAGUGAGUGAGUGAGUGAGUGAGUGAGUGAGUGCUGGAGCAGAAAAACACAUCUGACACAAAGCCCAUGAAGAAGAAAAUCAACUUUCAACAUGAAAGCUGUCCCAGUGUCUGCUGUUUGAUUGACAGCUGUGUGCUCCCUGUCCUCUAAGCUGAUUGUUGUCUCCUAGGUGAUGCCCGUCCCACCCUGACGGUGCUGCCCCCCUCCAAAGAGGAGCUGCAGCAGGGGACGGCCACGCUCAUGUGCCUGGCCAACAAGGGCUUCCCCUCAGGCUGGAGUCUGGCCUGGAAGGUGGACGGCAGCAGCAGCAGCAGCUGGGAGGAGAGCAGGAGCCCUGCAGUGUUGGAGAAGGACGGUAAAUACACCUGGAGCAGCACCCUGAGGCUCCCUGCAGACCAGUGGGACAAGAUGGGCUCUGUGACCUGUGAGGCCACCCAGGGCUCCCAGACUCCGGUCUCACAGACCCUGAGGAGAGACCAGUGUCCCCAGCAGUGA